AGAGCGAUUAUGCUAAACAGUUCAAGAGGGGUGAACCAGGACCCUUAUCAUGGAGCAUGGCGCCAUUCCACCGGCUAUCCAGGUAGACUCUCUGACAACCACCAUCCUUGAGUAUCCUCCCUCGCCUCAGCAUAGUAUCGCACGUUGCAGAUAUGGUUUUUCCGCGUGUCCAACACCAAGGUCUCCAUGCUACUUUCAAGGGUAUUGAAAGGGAGACUGAGGGAGUGGAGAUCCAUGAGUUCAGAGGCAUCAAGUACGCCUCGGUGCCGGCGCGGUUUGAGCGGGCUCAGCCGGUGGAUGGCUUUGCUGAUGCCGUGGUUGAUGCGUCUCGAUACGGGCCAAGAUGUCCACAGGUAGAUGUUGACGUACGCCAUUUGCUGCGCAUUCCGGAAGACUUCAAGAUUGAGAAGGAGCCCGAGGAUGAGUUUGAAUGCUUGAACUUGGAUAUUACUUGUCCUCCGGUUUCGUCGGCUAAGAGAUCUCUUCCUGUUUUAAUAUGGAUUCACGGGGGCUCGCAAGUAGUGACCUUUUGCUCCGCUGCGUCCAAGAUCUGCGAUCCCGUCAAGAUCGUUGCGGAUUCCAUCAAGACCGGACAGCCUAUCAUAUUCGUUUCGAUCAACUAUCGCCUCAAUAUUUUCAGCUUUGGCGAUGGAAAGGAGAAGAAUCUUGCCCUCAAGGAUCAGAAAUUGGGCAUUGAAUGGGUGCGGAAUAAUAUCUCUGCCUUUGGAGGUGAUCCUGAAAAUAUCACGCUGGCCGGGGAGAGUGCUGGAGCGGUGUAUGUCCAUGUCCAUUUACUCACCGGUACGCCGGUCAAAAGGGCAGUCCUGGCAUCUGGAUCCUUGUAUCUCUCUUCUCCCUUACCCGUUGAAAGAGGUCAAGCUCUCAUCAAGGCGCUGGAAGUUAAGGUACAGGAGUUAGGCCAGUCAUCGCUCCGACAGUCAUCUGUGCCAGCUCUUAUACAGGCGUUGAAAGAGUGCAAUGUGAACACCAUGUGGAUCCAGGAGGAUGAGGGCUUUCAAGGCUGGGAAGCUAAGUCCGAGCUGGUCGACGAACUCAUGAUCGGUGAUACUGAAUAUGAGUCAGUUAUUUGGAGGAACGGAAUUGAAACAUUGGACGGCAAAGCCAUCGCCGCGGCUUUCGAGCAGGACGAGAAAUGGGGCACGAAACUACGCAAGAUGUAUCAUGUUGUCGCCGAUCGCCCGACUGCUUGCAAGCUAGGCGCUCUGGACCUUGUUCACGACGUUCGGUAUACACUACCGGUGGAAGUCGUCACCGAGAAGCUACAGGCAGCAAACAAACGAGUCUACAAGUACGUGGUUGACCAGCCCAACCCAUGGCAGUCGUCUAGCCGAGCUCACCAUGCCGUUGACCUACUCUUCCUGUUUGAUGGUGUCGACCUAUCCUUCAAUCCUGCAGCCAAAGCUGUCGGCCAGGAGAUGCGGAAGCGUUGGAUACACUUUGUCAACGGCAAUAGCCCGUGGUCCGAGGAGCAAAUAUUCGCCUAUGGGCCCUUGGGUGCAUGUGAAGAGAUCUCCGAAGCGCAGUUUGCUUUUAGACGGCGAGUCGAGCAUGUUCAAGCACUAAGGGGGGCGGGUAUGGGCGUAUACAUGCCCAUUGUAUUUGCCUUGACGGCCGGCAAGAUUAGUUUGUUGAAUUGAUAGAAGUGCGGAUGCUCAAUACAACUGG